AUGUGCAACGAGCAGAGCGUGAAGAUAUUGGAGAGGAAAGAAAAAGAUUUGCGUGCCCGUCUGACCAGCAACCAAAAUAACGUUGAAACAAUCGCCCUCAGCAGUCUGUGCAGCACAAACGUACUACUGAAUACUCUGAAGGAAGAGAGCGUGAAAGCUCAAUUGCAGAUGAUUCGAUAUUCGCUGAAGAACUACCGACAAAAACGGGCAAAGUCUGGAAGAAAAAAAGAAGAAGACAUGAUGGAUGACAUCAUUGAUGACGUCAUCGUUGAUGAGGAUGGUGCAGACAACAUCGACGAGGAUGGCUUCAUUAACCGUGAAAGCAACAUCUCCAACAUUGAGAACUACAACCAACAAGUCAGCAAAGUAAUUUGA